AUGACUUCCUCGUCUAAUGCCAGCAACGCGACGGCUGUUUUUCACUAUCGGGACACUGCGAGUUCAGCUGUGACUAAAAAUGUGAUCCUUCUGGCUCUCGGUGUCGUCAUCAACUACAUCAACAGCACGCUGAUACACACCUUCAGGAAACACCAGAUCUUUUACUUGACUCCUCGGUACAUCUUGUUCAUUCACCUGGUGAUAAACGACAUGAUACAGCUCACAACAACCAUCAGCCUCUUCUUCUCCAGUUACAUCUUCUACAGCAUCAACGUUUCUGUCUGUUGCCUCAUCAUUACUUUAGCUCUCUUCACCACUUCAAACACACCGUUAAAUCUUGCCGUCAUGGCCGUGGAAUGCUUCAUCGCCAUUUGCUUCCCGUUGCGACACAAUGAGUUAUGCACCAUCAAACGAACGUACAUCCUGAUCGGAUGUAUUUGGGCUCUCAGUUCAAUCUCAAUUGGAAUGGACAUCUUCAUUGCUGUGGCAACUGAGCCUUUAAGUUGGUUUUAUUCCAAAUUAUUGUGCGAAAGGAACGUUGUCUUCCGACAUCCACUAAGUACUAAAAGUUAUGAAAUUUCCUCAAUAAUUUACCUGACUGGGGUUUGGAUCACCAUUUUCUACACUUAUCUUCACAUUAUUUUUGCCGCUAAAGCCGCCAAAGCACAAAAAUCCCACAGUGAUACAAAUAAAGCCAGGAAUACGAUCCUGCUUCACAGCUUCCAGCUAUCGCUGUGCAUGCUAACUUACUUACACAAUCACAUCACACACACUUUGUUGUCUUGGUUCCCUAAAUAUUAUGUCCAUGUCAUGUUUGUUUGCUUCAUCUUCAUCCAGAUCCUCCCCAGGCUCAUCAGUCCUAUUGUGUACGGGCUGCGAGACAAAACCUUUAAACAGUAUCUGAAAAAGUAUUUACUGUGUACCGUUAGAGGAGGACAGUCGAUGGACUUCUGA